AUGCCGCCCGGUCAUGCUCGCCGCAUCAUCCUGUGGAGACCCAAAUACAGCACCUCCUCAGAUGCCGCCGGUGUGGACGUGACAGACCUCAAGAGCGCGCCAAAGGAGUACUUCCAGGAUGGACCAUAUGCUGCUACGCGCGAUCAGCGCCCGGCAGCACGUUCCAUCUCAGCCGGCGUGCCUUCUUUGCAGUUGAUCUGCCUUACCAAAGCCCGUGAACUGCUCGAACUGCGCGAAGACCGGCGGGAAGUGCUCGCGGACAUCAUGCCCGCUUGGCGUGAUCAUAGCGUACACUACGAAUCGGCAGUCAAGUCGCGUCCGGUGCAAGAGCUUCUUCCCGGUGUGGACGCCGAUCCCUCCUCCAUAACGCCACUCAAACGCGUCGAUCCUCUCACUUGGGCGCUUGUCAUACAGCUUAUCCGGGAUUUGCCUAGUCGCUUUCGAUGCUAUGAAAUUGCUCUAUCAGACGUUCACCUUCCCCUAUUUCAACACGUACCGGACUCUACGCAAUUCUGUAUAAUCACUAUUCUCAACCUAGCAGGAUGUUCGCACCUUACAGACGAUACAAUCUCCAACCUCAAAGAUCUGCACGGUCUCAUAGCCCUCAACGCGUCCCACUGUAUGGGGCUAUCUACUGCUGCCAUCACCAGACUACGGAACACUCUUGUACGCGACCAAGAUGCCGAACAGGGCACCACCAGACGUGGACCGUGGCGUCUACGCAUCUUAUGGCUUCGAGGAUGCAGGUCGCUCAAUAGCAAUGUGUUCAUGGAGUUAGAUAAGUUCCCGCUCCUGACUGUGGUUGACUUGACGGAUACCAGCUGUUAUAACCGUGGCAAUACAUCAUUUCGAAGUGCAGCAGUCGCUCAGUCCAAUUUAUACCACCCGGCCCACCUCCUCGACGCGACGCACACACUUCUAUCUACGAAGGGCGUACUACCUUCUCGCAAUGUGUUCUCUCUAUAUGUCGACCAGUUGCAUCCAGACGUGGAAAGCGUCAAGCGACCUCAUCGGCCGACUGUCAAAGAAGAGGACGGGUUCGUCGUCCUUUCGAAGAAUGCUAUGCGUCAUGGACGUCUUGCGCCGGAGAGCGUAGAGAAGAAAGCGAAACAUGACGACCGGUCAUCCCUUUUGCGAAGAGCGCACUACGAGGGUUACGAUGACUGGGAUCUUGUAUCCAAGUAUGUCAGUAACCCUGACGAACGUUUCGACACUUGGAUGGAUGAAUCAUCAGAGUCCAGUGGCGAAAGCGAAAGCGAGACAAUACCUGACGACGACUCGAGAGGUGGCGUUGGAAAUUUCUAUCAGACAAGCCUCCCGCAGUCAGAAGUGGAGGCAAUAUUUCUACGGAAGAUGAAUACCUUUGCCCCUCCCAAGACCACGUCAAACCUCAACCACCAUCUGAACCCGCUCAUGCUCUUCCGCAAACCACCACCUCAUACCACACUUUCCAUGCCUACUCCUGCAAACGCAACGGCCCGAACGCCAGUGCAUCACUCCGAGUUCGAGGUUGCGACUGCGCCCGUCAACCGCUCCUUACCCCAUGUUCAAGCUGCUCUUCAGUCGCUAGGGAAACUCAAUAAACAACUCACACGCAAACAAGUCUCAGGCGUUGUCCGCCCUGCUGACGGCUUCGUAAUUGCGAGCGGUGCCGAGUCGUCGAAGAUGCCGCGCAACCCUUUCCUAGCCAAGUCCCGUCGCCCCAUGCCUGACUUUGGCACCCCAUCUACGGCACCCUCGUCACCUCGGGUACAGCCCUCAGACUUAUCCACACAUGGCCAUAGCCUCGUCCAAGAGAAGCGUAUCUCAAGAUCGAAUAGUACACGCAUGGUUGAUAACACCGUCGUACCUACGUUGACGCCCCCAUCGCCCGAUAUUGGAUCGCGCCCGUUGCGGGGAAUAUCAACACUUGCGGUGCCUCCGCCUCCGCCGCCAACGAAGAAGAGACCGCGCACGUCAAGCAAGUCGGCCCCGGCCAAGAAGGCGAAGCCGACGACUCUCGACCCAGCGUUAGCAGCAGCUUCACCUACUGUGAAGGGCGCCGGCCUUCGCCCAAUGACCUCAACCUCGCUCCGUCAGAAGAUGGCUGAGCAGCAGAAGCGGACGGAGGAGGACAGAGACCAAAUGCUGUCGGCUGAGAAGAAGGAGCGCCGAAAGUCGACCGGCUCGGUCAAGGCGCCUUCGAGUUUUUUGAAGCCGCGUGAACGAACAUCGACGGCGGGAGGUGGUUUGGAUUCGUGGCUCAAGCGUAGUUGA